AUGCAGGGGAAGCUCGGGGUCCCUUGGUCAUCUCCAGCUCGAUUCUCAUUUUGGGAGUCACACCUAUUGUACUGGAAUAUCUUCAUUCUGCUCUAUCCUUUGAUUGACCAGCUUCUUGUUUUUCUCGGUCACCCUCGCGGCCACAAAUCUUUCAUUCUCUGGGACAUUCCUUUAUUCAAUCUUACCAAUUUCUAUGCGACAUGGUCCGCUAAUCUACCGGAGGUUCUUACGAGCGUCACCGAGCAUUACGCAGACCUGAUAUUUCGUUCGGCAAAAUUCCUGGUGCAGCCAAAAGCCAAGGGCACGGGUGUCCAGACUCUCCUUGCCCCAUUCAGCCAAGCGACGCAGUUCUAUCGCACAAUUGGUGCCACCGAGAAACAUCGCUGGUCCCAGGCGGUUUUCAUGCACCUGCCUAAGCUGGGAUUUGGCAUUGCCCCCUUCCUAAAGGAUAUAGUUUGGCCGAAGUAG